CGUGCUCAAGAACAGACGUGCCACUAAACCAUGAUAUCGAGUUAAGAACACUAAACAUACAAUGAGCGGAAACAUGGCAAAGUUAUUUCUGCUUCUAGUAAGCUUAGUAGACAUUAUAUCCUCCAGUAUUCCUCCUUCAGAUUGUAGUUACAGUGCUAGUAGACAUCUUGUUUGUCAGCUCAGCUCAAUAAACUCUAGACGAGAGAAAACUGACUUCUCAGUAGUUCCAAACAAUACACUUAGUCUGACAGUGUUGUGUAGUGAGCAGGGUAUUGGAGAACUUGAACCUGCAGGAUUCUCUCCUUUAUCCAAUCUUCGUCAUCUAGUCAUUGAAGGAUGCUCUCUUCGAUCCAUUCCUAAUAAUGCUUUCUACGGCCUAGUUAGUCUUCAGACCCUGAGUUUGAAAACAGGAAAUGAAUCUCCUCUGGAGGUCGAGGUUGGAGCUUUCUCCGGGCUUAAGAACUUACAGAGUCUAGAUCUGAGCUUGAACUCUCUCCGGAAACUUCCCUCUGAUGAGCUGUGCCACCUGGAGAAACUGAAUAUACUCAAUAUUUCUUAUAAUGAGAUUGGUUCUGCAUUUGACCUGGGCAUUGACACCCUGGCCGGAGCCCGGGGCUGCCUACCCAACCUUCACACACUGGACGCAGCACACAAUGAAUUGACAGGACUGGAGACUAAGAGUAUCUUCUCCCUCUCCUCCUUGAACAUCCUCAACCUUAACACCAACUAUAUCAGGUUCCUCGUCAGUGAUGUUUUCUCUCCUUCUCUUCAGGUUCUAGACAUGUCAAACAAUCAGAUCAGUCAUCUUCCAUCUCAACUCUUUCAAUCUCUUCCCCUGAGGGAGGUUCACUUGGCAAACAACUCCCUCUCUUCCCUUCCCUCCGGUCUAUUCAGUGGGAACUUUGAAUUGGAAACUCUGAACCUUGCGGGCAAUAUCCUUCUUGCAUCAACCCUGUCUGCUAACCUGUCCCAAGAUCUGCCAAACCUUCUCCAUCUUGAUAUCUGCCACAACCAGAUCCAAUAUAUUCCUUAUGAGUUUAUGGUCCCAUUAGUUAAUCUUCAGAGUUUAAAACUGUGCGGUAACAAGCUGUCUGAGAUUAAUUUCCCCGCUCCUCUGAUCAACCUCGUUAAUUUGGACCUGUCAGAUAAUCAACUGAAAAAUAUUGAACCCCACAACUUCAGCGGUCUAUCUGCUCUCAAUCAGUUGAGUUUAAGUGGAAACCAUAUCUCCUCCAUUCAUCCUUCAGCGUUCAGGAACAAUUCAGAACUCUUAAUCCUGGAUCUCAGUGAAAAUAGUUUAUCUGCCCUGCCGGAGAGUAUUCAAAACCUGAGUAAACUUCAAACCCUAGACCUGAGCAGGAACUCUAUCUCAGUCCUCAACCCUGAGAGUGUAAAAAGUCUGAGCUCUCUCUGGCGCCUCCAGAUGCAUGAUAACCUCCUUUCCAACAUUCCCUUGGGAUUCUUCUCCACACUUGAAUCUCUCCAGGUCCUGGAUUUAUCCAACAACCGUCUGCAGAGAAUGGAACCCGGAGCCCUGGAUCUGAACUCUGCUCUGAGAGCCAUCAGGCUGGAUGGAAACUAUUUGAAAGAGAUUGAUGGAAUCUUCACUAAGCUGCCCCAGCUGAUCUGGCUUAAUGUGUCGAACAAUGAAAUCCAAGAAUUUGACUACACCCUGGUUCCUAGUACACUGCACUGGUUGGAUAUCUCCCACAAUCAGAUUUUUCAUCUCGGAAACUACUUCAACAUUGAGAACUCUUCCUUAACCUUCCUUGAUGCUGGAUUCAACAAGAUCGAGCAGAUCUCAAGUUCAAAUCUUCCAAACAAUCUUGAAACCAUUCUGCUCAAUGAUAAUAAGAUCAGUGAUAUUUCUCAGUAUACAUUCUUCGACAAGCAGAAUUUGCUCAAGGUGGAUUUAUCUGUGAAUAAAUUACAGCGUGUAGAGGAACCUUCCAUCCUUCUCUCUCCUCUCAACCUCAAGGAAACCGUGUUUCUCCUGGGAGGAAACCCAAUUAUCUGUGACUGUAAGAUGCAGUGGUUCAAGACAAUCAACACUGGGGAUUCCUUGGAGAACUUUCCACUUAUCUCCGACCUUGAGAGUAUCUACUGUAGGUUGGUUUAUACUGGAGAACAGUCCUUUAUUCCUCUGGUUGAAGCCAGGAAUGAUCAGUUUCUUUGUUCCUAUGAAACCCACUGUUUCUCCUUGUGUCAAUGUUGUCAGUUUGACUCCUGUGACUGUGAGAUGACUUGUCCUGAUGGAUGUUCAUGUUUCCAUGAUAACUCCUGGACUAAGAAUAUUAUUCAAUGUUCAAGUGGAGAGUUCUCGGCUCUACCUGAUAAUAUACCUAUGGAUGCUACAGAGAUAUUCCUGGAUGGAAACAAGUUGGAUAUUCUCCGGAGUCAUACUUUUAUUGGAAGAAAGAAUCUCAAAUCUCUUCAUCUCAAUAAUUCAAACAUUGAGAAGAUUAAAAACCUUACUUUUAAUGGUUUGCAAACCCUCACCUCUCUCCAUCUGGAAAACAACAAACUCCAAACUCUGGAAGGAUUUGAGUUCUCCGGUCUCUCUUAUCUCCGUGAACUGUAUCUCAAUGAUAAUCAAAUAUCUUCUAUCCAUGAUGCAACCUUCAAAUCCUUAAAGAGUUUAGAGGUUCUCUACCUUCAGGGGAACUCUAUCAUUGAUUUCCCAGUUUGGCAGCUGGCGUUCAACCCCUACCUGGUCAGUGUCCGCCUGGCGGAGAACCUUUGGAACUGUGAUUGUGAAUUCAUGCACAAGUUCCAAUCCUGGUUGAAACUCUCCACCACCAAGGUGUCCGACUCCGAUCUCCUCACCUGUAUAUCCAAUGACCCUGAGCUGGAAAACGUUCUGCUAACUGCUGACUCUGAUCUACCCUGUGAUAUGAGCUCUGUAGUGGCCAAGAACCAGAAGCAAGAACAAGGUUUGGAAAAUUAUAUGCCGCUGAUGAUUGCAGUUCUCGCCAGUUUUUCAAUGAUUGUCAUCUUAACAUUCAUUGUUUUUGGGUUCAGGCAUUCAAUCAGAAUCUGGGUCAGAUCCAAGUCCAGUGAGAGAAUGAUUGAAUCUCCGGAACCCUCUCAGCAGUCAGAAGAUGGAAAACUUUUUGACGCGUACAUCAGUUACUCUCCUCUAGACGGACCCAUCCUCAACCAGGUGCUCCCCAGGGACCUGGAGAAUAACUACAGGAUCUGUUUGCAUCAUCGAGACCUGGCAUCCAACCAUCUCCUUUCCGACUCCGUCCAUAAAGUGUCCAAUGCCUCUAAGAAGAUCAUUAUCGUGUUGUCCCAGAACUAUUUACAAACCGAAUGGGCUCGGCUUGAUCUGAAAGCAGGUCUUCUCCAGACCUUGAGUGGAGGAGCUCAGAAACUAAUCUUCCUUGUUGCUGGAGUUAUUGAUCCUAACUUUAUAGAUCCAACUCUCCAACUCCUGCUUAAGACUGGAGAGGUUGUGAGUGUAUCGGAGCCAGGUUUAAUGAACAGACUGGAGUUCUCCGUUCCGGAGUAUCCGGAUACUCACUACUAUAGUACAUGCAAGUUCCCUAGUAUGUACCAGGAUUCAGAGAAAAGAAUUGUGUCUCACAUCUGAGAUUUGAAUCUGUGAUAUUUCUAAUCUGUGAUAGUAUUGUCAAAUUUGUAAUAUAAAAAUAAAUUUUGUA